UAUAGAAAUUUAUAUAUUAUUUUAGCAACAAGUGUUGUGGGAAACAAAUAUACAAACAUCACCUAUUGUUAGUAAAGGAAGUUCUGGUCAAGCAACAAGUCAAGGAUCUAUGAUUUCUGGUCGAGCCGUGAAUCUUUCAAAUCAUAGUAAUCAGUCUCGAUUAAUGUAUAUGAAUGAGAAAGAAAAACAAAAAUCACAUCGACCAGAAUUAUCAAAAAUUAAUCGUCAACAUAGAGCUAUGGCACCAUGCAAACAUCAUUGCUUUUUGUCAGAGGUUCCUGAUGUUCGACGUAUGGAACAAGCUUUAUUACAACUUUUAGAAGAUUUUCAUAGUGGCAAUUUACGAGCAUUUGGAAAAGAUUGUAGCAUGGAACAAAUGACAGAAAUACGAGAACAACAAGAACAAUUAGCCAAACUUCAUUUUGAAUUAGGUCAACGACAAGGAAUUGGUGGAGAUCAAUCAGGUCUCAGACAUUCAAAUGCAAAUAUGGAUAAUUUAUUGGAAUGUUUGCAAGAACUUAGUGUUUGUAUUGAAAAAUUACAUAGCAAGUAAAUAUUUAUAAUAUAUAUAUAUAAAAAUUUUAAACAAAAAUUUAAAUAGAAAUAUGAACAUCGAUAUGAUAUUAUAAAAAUAUGAAUAUUUUAUAGAAUAUUUUCAUAUUUUAGAAAUCUUUUAUAAUAUUGUUUUUAUAU